UUAUUAGUCUUGUCUCUUCCUGGGUCCGGCGCAGCGUGCGUCAGCCGAACGCGCGUUAGCUCUUGAGCAAAGGGCAGCCUCGCCGCGGGUUGCACAACAGUGGCGCGUAUCUCUUCGCCAGAAAGCGAAGACUAGUUUGCCAGUUGUCAGACUGGCGAAACGUUUCGAGUGGAGUUCCGAAUACGCGCUGCGGAAACUAGCUCCGGUGUUCGUGCUGAUGAACUUGCGGGACGAACGUUCAGCUCGUCGUAGUUUCGCGGGUAAUUGAUCGUUUCCGUGCGUCGAUUGAUCAAUCGAUCGAUCGAUCGUGGUACCAAAAGUUGCAUCAGGUCGAGAGCACUUCGGAAUUGUGUCAGUGGUUACGUUUAAAUCGCAGAUAGAUCGGCGUGAUCCGGACAACGAUGACGUGUAUACUCGUCGAACUCAGUUAACUGGUUAACUCUUAGUAGAGCGAUGCCACAAUAUACGAGACGUUCGAAUUGACACAUUGACUUCGAUGGGAAACAGCACCGUUUUAUAUGCUGAAUUGGAGAACCUCGUAGGACAGGGAUCAGUCAAUUCUCAGAAUUUGACUUCACCGGCGGCUCCAGUUGUCACGGAUUCGGAGUUUACGCCUAUACCUUUACAUUCCGAGACCACUAAAGCUCCAGAAAAUCAGCCAGCGAGGCAGGGCUACUUUACCUCGAUACUUUCAUCUUUGCCGAACUUGUCUUUAUCGUCAAUUACUGGGGAGACCUCGAAUCAAGGGCAAGAGAACGUAGCCAGCUUACAGAAUAGGAAUCCUCAUUUGCCACCACCCGAUCGUCGCGAUUCUCUAAAGCACACGCCACCACCCCCGGUCUCUAAUUUCCAGGACUCGCGACGCACGAAUUUCGCGAAAUCCGGUGAGGUUUAUUCCGGAAAUAGUCCCAAUUUAUCAGCACCACCGCAACCAGCUGCUGCGCCGCCAACAAUACCUUCAUCGGGUGAUGGACCCAUUUCGUAUCGACUUGGCAAUCAGAGACGUCUUAAAUACGCACCGCCACCUGAAUUGACGUCAAACACAUCGAAACAAUAUUCUACACCACCGAUUCAGCCAGAGUUCACACCGCAGAAUGUCGUGUCAUUAAAUAUUUUCAACCCGAACGAAUCAGUUGCUCCAGCUCAAACUUAUCAGCCUGCUGUAACUCUUGCUUCUACAACGCCGUCGCUCGAACAUUCAACACCUGAACAAUUAUCCCAAGCUAAUUCUCGGCAAGAGUCCUUCAGGUCUAGUCCAGUCGCAUCCGGCGUCUCGCAUAGCUCAACCGGAACUCCGCGAAGUGCAACUCCGCAAAGUCCGAGCUCCGGCUACGAGAAUGUGCCUUUAACUGGAAGAACAGCGAUUCCGCAGUCAUUGUCGCGGCCAAUUCCUGUUCAAGUUCCAGAAACCGCAACUCCGCAGAACACGCCGGUAAACUUUUCUUUCCCUGGCUUCGACUUGUACGCCAAUCAACGAGACUUUUUAUCGUCGAUUAAUUCGGAAAAGGAGGCAAUCGUUGCAAGAAACGUAUCGAGUCAAGUAGAAGCACAAGCUUUGCAGAGCAAUGUAUCCGCAUCCGCCAUCGAAGUUAAACCAACUGUAACAUUUGCUCCGACCUCAGCGGUUCAGAUUUCAGAAAAAUUGGAACAUUUGCUCGCCGAACGAAAAGAAGACCCGUUAGACUCACCUGCUGACGUGCCGAUCAAAACCGACGAAAAUAUAUUAGACGGUCAAGCCGUUGAAACUUCUGACGAAGCGGCUUUGGGCGAUAUCAAGGAAAACAGUGAAUUGCUAAAAUUAGAUUCGUCAGCAGAUUCGUUUGUUGCACAGGAAAGUUCUGUACUUACAGCAGUACCUUCUAAAGCAGAGCAUACAGCGGCUGAAAAGAUUGAUGUGACCCAAAGUCAUGCUGUGUCGUCGAACGUAUCAUCCUUCCAACAUUUUCAAACGCAGCCUUUUUCGCCAAGCUCUGGUUUCCUCGAGGAUCAGACGGUACAGCAGAAGUCUAAUUUAAACUAUAUUCCAGUUGAGAAUACAAGCUCAAGUGCUUUCGUUAAACAGCCGCAGCAAUCGAUUCAACCGGCAAGCUCGUUUUUCGAUUCAACGGGAAACGUCAGUCAUUUCUCGCUUUCUCAGUAUAAAGAACCUAGCACAGAUGUUGAUUUAACGGAAACUACCUCGGAGAACGAUUCACAGCAACCGCCUUUGAACGCGUACUUUAGCUCUCAGUACAAUAGUCCUUCAACAUUCUGGGACAAUUCGGUUUCUAAUACGGUGGUCGCUAACACAACAUGUGACACAGUGGCUCAAUCAGUUCCACCACCGCAACUUUACAAUCCUUUGGAAUUUCAAACCGAAUUGCAAAAACCACCACCAGCGAAACAUCAUCCGUACGUUUCUUCCUUCGUGCAACCACCGAAACCGCCAUUGAAUCAGGCUCAACAUUACUUUGAGGAUUUAUCUGGUUCGACGACAACGUACGCUACAGCGGUUGGAAAUAAUAAUAUAUUCCUUCCGAGCCCUCCUGCGCUGACAAAUGUACCUGAACCGACAGGUUCGGCUACCCUGAGUCCAGUUCAAAUGUCAAUUAAUCCACUAGGUGGUCGCUCGACUACGGAUAGCGUAUUUGCUAAUUCUCAAAAUUUGACUGCUGGUCCCCCAGACAAACGCAUGCAGUACAGAACGGUGUAUCAUCAUUGGUUUUAUCGCAAAGAGGUGGAACACAAAGUGUUAUGGCUUCCGUUUUCUAUGCAAGAUAGCUUACGCUUAGAAGAGGUUCAUAAUUCCACUGAAAUUACCCCCGAGACUACCGUCGCUACUGACGGUGGUCGUUACGAUGUCGACAUUUUACGACGUCGGAGAUCUCCCGUUUAUUGGAGCGGAGUAUCGACGGAAGUGAGACGGUGCUCCUGGUUCUUCAAAGGGGUCGCUGAAUCAAAAUACAUCCCUUACGACGAGAGCGUCGCUGCGAAACUCGAGGAGGAGUAUAAACAGGCGUGUAUGACGAAUAAUUGGAAUCGAAGGGUCGAUUUGAACAAUGGGGAGUACGUUAUUUUCCAUGGUGCCACGGUUCAAGUUCAUUACACAUCGCCUGUCUCCCCGGAGGUGACGGCGUCUUGGAGUAAUAGCGCGGGUUCAGAGGACAGUGCAUAUUUACAGGGUGCAGCUAGUAGGCCACGAGUGGUAAAAAGGGGCCUCGACGAAUUUCACAUUGAUGAUGGCGAACCUGAGACGGUGGACCAUCUUCUGUUCCUCGUUCAUGGUAUAGGGAGUGUCUGCGAUUUGAAGUUCCGAAGUGUCGAAGAAGUCGUUGACGAAUUUCGAAGUAUAUCGCUGCAAUUGGUUCAGUCGCAUUAUCGGACCGCUAGCGAGCAAAGGAUCGUGAAUAGGAUAGAAGUUUUACCUAUUUCUUGGCACACGACGCUCCACUCUGAAGACACUGGAAUCGAUAAGAAGUUACAGGCCAUCACGUUGGAUAGUAUACCUAAAUUACGACACUUCACCAACGACACAUUGCUCGACAUACUUUUCUACACUAGUCCUGUCUAUUGCCAAACCAUAAUGCAAACAGUCGGGAGUGAGAUGAACAGGCUGUACACGCUUUUUAAAGAAAGGAAUCCAGACUUCGAAGGAGGAAUCUACUUAGGUGGUCAUUCGUUGGGCAGCUUGAUUUUAUUUGAUCUUUUGUGCCAUCAGAAACCAGCAUCCGAUAAGAAACCGAAUGCCGAUGACACUGAAACGACUGAAGAAAAAAAAGAAGAAGAGAACAAUGCUUUGCAAACAUCAUCCGGGCCAGCUUUAAAGCGACGUCUUAGUAAAAAGAUAAGUUAUGUGAUAGGUGCUGCUGGAACAGGUCAACCUUAUAUACAUUAUCCGCAAUUAAAUUUUCACCCACGUGCCUUUUUCGCUCUUGGUAGUCCGAUUGGUAUGUUCGUAACAGUUCGAGGUAUUGAUAUGCUCGGAGAAGACUUUGAGCUACCGACGUGCCCAGCUUUCUUCAAUAUAUUUCAUCCAUUUGAUCCUGUCGCCUAUAGAGUUGAGGCACUCAUUAAUCUAGAAGCUCACAAGUACCGGCCAAUGUUAAUACCGCAUCAUAAAGGACGAAAAAGAAUGCAUUUAGAAUUAAAGGAAACAAUGGCUCGAGUUGGAGCGGAUUUGAAACAGAGGUUGCUUGAUUCCGUAAGGAAUACAUGGAAUUCGGUCUACCAGCUGACCGUAUUUCAUAAACCGGAUAACGGUACCCUCGAGCAAGAAAUUAACAAAGUUGUCGAAGAAGAAUUACAAAAAACACCAACUGUGCCAGAACAACAAACCACCGACGACGGUGGCGCAGAUUUUAAAGUGGGUAAAUUAAAUGGUGGACGAAGAAUCGAUUACGUUCUUCAGGAAGCUCCAUUUGAAUACAUUAACGAGUACAUUUUUGCUUUGACAAGCCACGUCUGUUACUGGGAAUCUGAAGAUACUAUGUUGUUAAUGUUAAAAGAGAUAUACGGUUCCAUGGGUAUCCAGACAGAUGCUCAACUGCCUCAACAAACGCUUUCGAUAGAACGAACGACUCCUUCCCCAUCCUUGGUAUCGUCUCCAUCUACAUCUAGCAAAUGUGACAUAACGUCACCGAUACCUGGCACAGCAAUAGAUCCCACUGCACCAAUAUCGGACAAAUCCAUCGGUCCUCCUCCAAUGAGUGGAUUUGUUAGAAAAUCAUGAUUAAAGAAGAACUGUUUGAAUAUUAAAGAGUUUAGUGAAUUUGAAAUCCAAGGUGGUGGAAUAUAACUAAUUGCAGCUGAUCAGGUUGAUGCAGGCAUUGUACCUGACAUUAUACGAAUCACGGACUACAAAAAUAGUGAAAUCAAAGUUUUUCAUUCGUACGAAGGUUAUAAUAGAAUAUUUUUAGCAAAUCUACUACUAUAUAAAGGUUCCACAAUAAUGUUCGUAUGGAUUGUUCUUUUGCGCGCUUUAAGAAGAGAAUGGUUAACAUCGUCCCGAAAAUCGGUCUACGUGAGGUAUCUAAACACAAAUCGACUAACUGCAGUCAAAUUGUGUGAUAAAGAGUUAAGAAAUAAAACUAAUAGUCGUGGUUUACAUUUUUGGUAUGUGAAAAAUAUUUAUAAUACUUGCAGGAAGAAAAAACAAACACACGCAAACAAAUGACUCUUUGUAAUAUGAAAAAGAUGAUGAAAGUUAGUCAUAUUGUUUACUGUAAAUACAUAAUUUAUAAAUUGAUAUAAAUUAAAUGAGAUAUAUAUAAUUUUUUUCAAAGUACUCUUACAUUGUGAGAA